AUGGAGGGGUGUGAACGGAUCAGAGGGCCGUGGAGCCCGGAGGAGGACGGCGCGCUGCGGCAGCUGGUGGAGCACCACGGCGCGCGCAACUGGACGGCCAUCGGCCGCGGGGUGCCCGGACGCUCUGGCAAGUCCUGCCGCCUACGGUGGUGCAACCAGCUCUCGCCGGGGGUGGAGCGCAGGCCGUUCACGGCCGACGAGGACGCCGCCAUCGCCCGCGCCCAUGCCCGCCUCGGCAACCGCUGGGCCGCCAUCGCCCGCCUCCUCCGCGGCCGUACCGACAACGCCGUCAAGAACCACUGGAACUGCUCCCUUAAGCGCAGGCUCGGCGACCUUGGUGCUGACGGAGUCGCCGAGGGUGACCAGGAGGAGCGGCCGUGCAAGCGCGCCAGCUUCACGCCGGAGAGCACGUCCGGUUCGGGGUCGGGGUCUGGAUCCGGGUCCGACCGCAGCGACCUCAGCCAUGGCGGCGUGUUUGCGCUCGGACAGGUUUACCGGCCGGUCGCGCGUGCCGGCGGGUUCGAGCCGGCCGACUGCGCCAUGAGCCAGCGACACGAGGAGGAGGAGCAGGAGGACCCAUUCACGUCGCUCUCGCUCUCCCUCCCCGGCACGGAUGCCCACGCGUUCCACCACGACAUUUCCACCAGCCGUUUCCACGAGCCGUCUCCCUCCCCGUCGCCGCCGCCCGCUCCGGCGUCCGCCACCGCGCCGCCGGCGUCGUCAUACCCGUUCAGCCCCGAGUUCGCGGCGCUGAUGCAGGAGAUGAUCCGUGACGAGGUGUGCAGGUACAUCUCAGGCGUCAGCUGCGGCGCCAACCUGCCGUCCAUGCCGCAGCUGGUGAAUGGCGUGAUGCGCGCGGCGGCGGAGCGCGCCGGCGGGGUCUCAAUGAUGCGGUGA